UAUCCAGUAAAUUUGCUAAAAUUUAGUAGGAAAAAAGUGGUUAAAACUAGUUAACAAAAUCAAAUGUCUCAAAAUCGAGUCGGAAUCUUGUCUAGAAUUCUUACCAAUUUAAAAAACACAUUUUUUAUAGCAAAGACAAAGGCCAAGUUUGUUGGUUCUGAUCAAUUUGGCAAUCGGUAUUUUGAGAAAGCUGGCGAUGAUGAACACAGCAUGCGAGCUUCAAGGUUUAUUGAGAAAAGGCCUGGACAAGACUACUCAGAUAUUCCUCAAAUUCCUGUUGAAUGGAAUGCCUGGUUGAGAGGUCGCAGGACAGAUCCACCAACUCCAGAGGAAAUUGAAAUGAACAGUGCUAAAACCAUGCAGACAAAAUUCAGAGCUCAAGAACUGGAAAAAAAAUUUGCCAAGCAAAACCUUUCAUCAGAUUCUGGUUCCCAAGCCAUCACAGAGGACAUCAAGUCUCCACAAACACAGCACUCAUUUCCUGUUUACGAAGAGUAUGAAUAUAAACCUGGCCAAAAGUAUAACAAAGAUGGCAGCAGUAUCAAUUGAAUUUCUGUUUGGACAGAAAAUUGUGUGUACAUUGUUUAGGUACUUUUCCUCAUCAUAGAGCACAAGACUGACAGCUACAUGUGUACUGAUUUAAAAGUCUUUACUAGCCUUUCACCUCUUUUCUAUAGAUGGUUGAUAAUUAUAAUUAUAAAGAAACUUGCAAUAUUUAUGGAUA